GAGAGAAACAUCUAGCUUUGAAAUAGAGGUUGCCAAAUGGUAUUCCCAGUGACACAUGAGAGACUGGAGGAAUGGGUCUCCACAGAAAUUCAUCACUUUGGAGAGAGUUGGUUAGUAGGUAGGCCAUAGAACUUUCCAUUGACAUCAUCAGUAAGCCCCUCACUGGACAAUCUUUUGUAUCUAAGAGAUCCCUAGAAUCUUCUGUGAUGUCACCAGUGUUGUGGUGACACCAACUGCCUUUGAGAUAUUCCUUCAGUUCCCUUUGGGUUCACAAGCAGGCAUGUUUCGCCAGCUGCUCAGGCUAUUUCGGAAGGAAAGUGUUGAUCAAGGAGAGACCGCACCAGGUCAGAGGGAAGCUGACCCCCUCUCUAGUGAAACAGGAAGGAGGAAAUCAUUCUUGGGAAGGCUUGGUUUUGAUAGGAAGGCAUCAUCCCAAAGUGUCAUCAGUAAGCAAGAGGAGCUUCUAAUGGAACUGGAGGAGCUCAAAUUUGAAAUCAAGAAGUGUCAAUUUGAGAGGAAUGAACUUUAUCAAAUCCUGGACCUUUAUAUCUAUGAUGAGUGGGACCACAGGCUGGAUGUCGAAUUGCCAGUCCUUCAGUCCGAACAUGAGAUGAAAAUGAUGGCUAUGCAAAUGAUGACCAACUCAAUAAGUGAUGCCAUGGAGAGGUACAAGGAGCACAUACAAGUGAACAGUUCCUACCGCAUCAGGCACUCCCAGCUCCUGCGUGAACAAACUCAAUUGAAGAACAAUAUACAGAUUUUGCUGAAUGAGAAGAGAAAACUGCUGGUGGAGCAGACUGAACUGCCAGCAUCCUCUGUGGAGGCAAAGAGGCUCUGUGAAGAGGCCAGAAUGAACAUCUGUGACCCCAGUGCCAAGCAACAGCAGGUCUGAAAUUAUCCAGCAGAAACUCGAACAUGACACAGACCAGGACAAGAUCUCCCUUGGAGAGAAGAGCUACAGGAGGAGAACUAAGUAUGCACAGCAAAUACACCACUAUUGCAUCUCACCUGUAAUGUCCAUAGCAAUUGUGGACUGCAUUUUCCUCCUUUAGUUUAACUUCUUUGGAUUGAAUAGGCCUUACUUUCACCCCAGCUCUCUCCAGCAAGUGUGCACUUUUAGAGGGACCCAGAGAAGUGUUGAUGCACAUCAAUCAAGAGCUGCUUGUCAUCCAGAAAGACUGUGCACGUGUAAAUUUGUACUUGUCCUGAUGGGUCAUCCAGAAGAGUUCCAUGGAGAUCAGUUCAAAUAUUGGAAAGUCUUUGAGACAAAGUCUGUAAUAUCAUUUAUACUCAGUAUUGGUAGGCUUUUACCUUAAUACCCCCACUCCAACGAAACAGACCUACUUCCACUUCUCUUGAAAAUAUUAUUACCAUCAGUAACUGCUUGUCUACUAUGUCUCCAAUGCAAGCCACAGGCUAUAAGUCUAUUCUGCAAAAGGAGCAGCAAACGAAUGCUUAGCGCAAUUCCUCUAUUUAAAGUUUGCUUCGGUUUUGGUUAAUUUGGUUAUUUGGUUUUCCUUCUAUUCAUUUGAAGAUUUGUUAUUAAUCUGUUGUUGUUGUUUUGUUCAUUUUGUUUUCUAUUUUGAUAAGGAUAUAGACUGUAUAUUUUGACUACCUGCAUCUGGUUACUAUCAAGUAAAUUGGAUGUAUUCUGGUGAAUAAAGGAGUAAUCUCAAACUC